GCCAGAGGUUGGUUGAUCCAAAAUGGUUGCCGUUUGUUGUGCUUUCAGUGAUUUGUGAAACUUAUUUCAAUAAAUGUUUAUUAACGUAGGAGAUCGUGUAUGUGUGGUAUAAACUUAAAUAAUGGAUGAAAAAGAAUCUGUUCCCGAAACUCCUGGUGAGGAGACCAGUCAAGGUUCGGGGGACGGGUCGGACGUGGUGAAAUCUGAUGACACGGAGCCUGUUGAGUCUCAAGAUUCUCUGGAGCCAGCACCAGAACCUAGUGAUAAUGUUUCCUGUGACAAACCUGACAGUGAUGAUGUGGAAAAUAGUGAAUCUGAGCCUAAAGAAAGUGUGAGUGAACUUCAAAACCAUGUGGAUGAUAUGAGUGUUACAGAUACUGAAAAUGACUGUGAGAAGGAGAGUGAAAAGACUAAUGAAGAUGAAACAGCAUCUAUGGAGACAGACACCCAGGAUACUAACAAAGAUGAUGUGAAUCAAGACGAAACUCAGCAAGAUGAAUCCGAAAGUAAUUUAGGAGACAAAUUAAAAGAUGAAGAUAAUAGUCAGGAUGCAAGUCAAGACUCGGAGAGUGUAGACACACAAGAACAAGCUGAGAAAGCAGACGGUGGUGACGAAGAAACGGAGAAGGAAGAAAAGAGAUACGAUGAAGUUGGGAAGCCGGAGUUCGAAACUGCUCCUAAUAUUUCAAUGGAUGAACCGCAGGAGGAUCAUUCACAGGCCCUAGAUCCAUUUGACGCUCUAUUGAAAGACAAAACCGAUGCAUCCGUAUCGGAAACAGCAACACCAACAACCUCGCAAGCGGAGACAAUUAACGCAAUUGACGAUGAUGAUGAUGAUCAUAACACAGACCAAGUUGACGGUGAAGUGGAGGACGAAGACACUACAAACACAGAAGAGCAACCGGAGCUGAUCGAUGAACCCGGAGCAGAUGAAGAGGUGUGCCUGCUGCCAGACACUGAGCGGGAGAUCUCUGAAGCUGAUAAGGCUGAAGCCGAGAAAGUACUGGCUGAGAAACGUAAACAGGCUGAAGAAGCCGCCGCUUUAGCAGUAGAAGCGACCGUCCCCAAAGAGGAGAAUGAAGCGUUGGAUGUGGACGCCGCGAGCAAAGAGGAUGGCGUCAACGAGAGCCACACGGAAGACGCCUCCACCGCCACCGAGGAUCCUUCCCAGGAAAAUGGCGCUGACAAAGAUAAUGAAAAUGAAAUCGAAAACGAGCAUGAAGAAAUAGUCGAAACAGAAGUGGCUGUAACAACAAAUGUGAUUCAAGAAGUGAAUCCAUAUCCAAGCAAAUGUGAGCAGUGUUACUUGGACCUCAAUUGCUAUUUUCGGUUUACAACUAAAGACGGGGAUUACAGAUACUUAUGCACUGCAACCUGUACUAGCAAAUUCGUGGAAAAUAACCCACUUCAAUACACUGUGACGACUAAAAAAUAUCUCAUCGAAGAAAUAUUACCAAGAUUCUUGACAUGUUCUGAGUGUGAAGAAAAGAAAACUUGUUAUUUCUACUAUAAUUUUGAUGGAGAAGACACGAAUUACUGUUCUCUACAGUGCUUACACGGCAUGAUGGCAGAUGAGAAGGAUAAGUAUAUUUUCAAAAGGAGAAAGAUCAUCGUGGAAGAAACUGCGCCUAAGGAGGGAGAGUGCUUAGUUUGUAAGGAAACAAAGAAUUGUAAUUAUUGCAUGACGAGGUAUGGAGAGUUUAGUUUAAUAUGUGAUCAUGGCUGCAUAAAACAACUCAAUUUGAGCGAAAGCGGAAGGUACGUGAUAAAGAGGAAGAGGAGUUGCAGGAGAGCGACCCCGGCAGCGCCAACUAACCCGCCACUGCUCAAAUUGAAAGUUAUAAGUAACGCAACAGAUAAAUAUUUGGAUGAAGCAUAUAAAAUUCAAGCGAAAACCCCGGCGAUGGUGCAAGCCGCGCGCGACGAGAGAGAACGCAGCUUCACGCGAAAGUGCACUCAAUGUGUCAUGCUGCUCACCAGCGAAGAGAAACUCUUGACGUGGGAGACCAUGGAUUUCUGCGACGAAGUUUGCCUUGGGCAGUACCAGAAUAAAAUUGGGUCUAGAUGCGCUAACUGCAAAAACCCGGUUCAGCAUACAAGUUUAGGGAAGUACUGUGUUAGGUUCGGGUACGAUAUACGGCAGUUUUGUAACUCGGGCUGUUUGGAAGAGUUCAAGAAAGGGUUGAAGAUAUGCUGCUACUGCCAGAGGGAUAUUUCGGCGGGUCUGCAAGGGUUCUUGGCGCCGGUGGGCGACAAGGGACAGUUCAAAGACUUUUGCUCGCAGACUUGUAUGGAAAAGUUUGAUCAGAUGAGCAAGAAUCCGAUCCCGCAGCCGAUUUGGGCGAAGUGCGCGGUCUGCUCGAUAGAGAAGGCGACCUCGAUCGAGGUGGAAGUCAGCGAGCAAGUCAAUCAGCGGUUAUGUUCCGAUCCAUGUUUUGCAGCUUUUAAAUUCGUCAAUAAUAUAUUCCCAGAUCAAUGCAGAUGGUGCAAAAAGUACUUUGAGCGCAAAGCCAACAAGUGUUUCACGAUAUACGACAACAACACCCCCAACUGUUUCUGCUCCAAAUCUUGUAUGAACGUCUACAUCAGCAACUCCAGGCACAUAGUCCCAUGCAACUGGUGUAAAGUGAAGAAAUACAAUUUCGACAUGAUAAGGAAACAACAGGCCAAUGCGCAGCCUGUGAUGAUGUGCUCCCUGAAUUGUCUUAACCUGUAUCAGGUUUCCGUCAAUGCAGUCUCCUCGAAAAGAACUAAGUGCGACAUGUGCAAGCGAACUGCUCUCGCGCAGUACCACUUGACUAUGUCGGACGCGACGGUGCGGAAUUUCUGCACGUACCAGUGUGUCAUGGGCUUCCAGGGUCAAUACUCAAAGCACACGCCGCCGUUGAUGCCCGGCGAAUCCAUCGACCAGCAAAAGGCGGUGCCUACGGGAGUCCCGCGCCGCACCUACACCGCUCCCGCUAACAAUAAGACUAAUGCAACAAAAGGUCAACAGCGAGCAAGUGGCGGCGGCAUGCCAGUUAUCUCAAAUGUCCAAUCUCUCGCCGCGCCGCCGCCUCUAAUGCCCUCCGUCACCCGCGGCAAGUCCAAGCGCCUCGCCGUGGCCCAGCCCCCGCCCGAACCGGAGCCCCCCGCUGCCCCCAAAACCCCUCCACCCCCUCCCAAACCCCCAACCCCCCCGCCACCUCCACCCCCCAAAGUCUACAACCACGUCAUCGUCAAAACGCUGCCCCCUAAAGAAGUGGCGAACAAAGGAACCAUGUCGAAACCGAUGAUGGUAUCCAAAGGCAUCUCCUGCCGGCCGCAUCCGUGCACAAAAGAGUGUCAAACGGACCCCAGCCUAGAACGGCGAGUUCUGAUCCCGGUGCCAGUUCCUAUAUACGUCCCCGUGCCGUGCGCGAUGUGGUCGCUUCCGUUCCCCGUUCCCGUUCCGAUCCCCAUUCCAAUUCCAACGCCGGUGUUUAUUCCGACCACGCGGAACUCCGCUAAAGGCAUCAUGAAGGAGAUCAACAAGAUCCACGAUAAGAUGCCGACGGAUCCGUUCGAGGCUGAACUCCUGAUGAUGGCUGAGAUGGUGGCUGGAGAUAAAAAGAAGGAUCAGAGCGAUUCGGACACGGAUGACGAUAACGCCGAGGAAACCUUCAGCCCAGUAGCGGGCAUGGACGGCAACAACGCGUUCGGCGAGGACAUGCUGCAGAUGGCCCUGAAGAUGGCCACCGAGUACGAGGAGCAGCCCGUCGACCUGGAGUCCGCCAUGACGGCCAACACCAUCACGCCCAGCUCGCAUCCCGGCAUGCCUGGUCUGGAAGGCGAGAGCAUGCACCACCACCACAUGAUGGUACUAGAGCAGCAACGCGCGGUAGCGGCGCUCCGCUCGGGCUGCGCAGGCGCCGCUCGCAAGAGGCCGCCGCCGCCCGCGCCCGCGCGGCCCGCGCGCUCGUCCAAGCGCCGCCGCGCCGAGCCCGCGCCGCCGCCGCCCGACCCGCCGCGCGAGCCCGCUGAGAAGCCCGACGCUAAUAUGUGUCUCAAGUACACAUUCGGCGUCAACGCGUGGAAGCAGUGGGUGAUGACUAAAAACGCUGAAAUAGAAAAGAGCUCGAUUCGACGGAAACCUUUCAAAUCGGAGAUCCUUCAGCUCACGGCAGACGAGUUGAAUUACUCGCUUUGCCUGUUCGUCAAGGAGGUGCGCAAGCCUAACGGAAGCGAGUACGCGCCCGACACUAUUUAUUACUUGGUAUUAGGAAUUCAACAAUAUCUCUUUGAAAAUGGUAGGAUAGACAACAUAUUUACGGAUCCAUAUUACGAAAAGUUUACCGAUUGUUUGGACGAAGUAGCAAGAAAGUUCUCAGUUUUAUAUAACGAUUCACAAUACAUAGUCACGCGAGUAGAAGAGGAGCACUUAUGGGAAAGCAAGCAAUUAGGAGCGCAUUCGCCGCACGUGCUGCUAUCGACGCUAAUGUUCUUCAACACGAAACACUUUAACUUAGUGACAGUAGAAGAACACAUGCAGCUAUCCUUCUCGCACAUAAUGAAGCAUUGGAAGAGGAACCCCAACCAGCCGGGCCAAACGAAGGUGCCCGGCUCUAGAAAUGUACUGUUAAGGUUCUACCCGCCGCAGUCGGCGCUAGAAGCAAACUCAAGAAAAAAGAAAGUUUAUGAGCAGCAAGAAAAUGAAGAGAAUCCCCUAAGAUGUCCAGUUAAAUUAUAUGAAUUUUACAUUUCAAAAUGUCCAGAGUCAGUGCGCACGCGCAACGACGUGUUCUACCUACAACCGGAGCGCUCGUGCGUGCCCGACUCGCCCGUGUGGUACUCCACGCAGCCGCUCAGCCGCACCGCGCUCGCCAAGAUGCUGCACCGCGUCAAGAUGGUCAAGGAGAUCAACAUCGCGCUGCUCACCAGCUAA